UAUCUGAAAAACAAACGCAGACUUACCGCUGACGCUCUUCAUCGAAGCUCCUCGGUUGUUUACAGUUUUCCGUUUAGCUUCAGGUUAAGUUCUCUCAUUAAAACCGUUUAAAUCGCAUUUUCAGCAUGGGUUGCGACGGCGGAACCAUUCCCAAAAGACACGAACUGGUUAAAGGCCCGAAAAAGGUCGAAAAGGUGGAUAAAACCGCAGAACUUGCUGCUAAAUGGAGAUAUUGUGCAUUGAGUCAGGAGAAGCUGAAGCGGCCCAUAGUCGCCUGUGAGCUGGGCAGACUGUAUAAUAAAGAUGCGAUCAUUGAGUACUUGUUGGAUAAAUCAGCGGAGAGGCCGAACUCUGAGGUUGUGGCUCACAUCCGUAGCAUCAAGGACGUGAAGGAGCUGAAUCUGACAGAUAACCCGGCGUGGAAAGGCGAGAGGCGCAACAUUAAAGGGGACUGUUAUGAGGACAUGCACUGCAGCAUGUUCAUCUGUCCUGUGGUUGGUCUGGAGAUGAAUGGAAAACACAAGUUUUUGUACCUACAGACCUGUGGGUGUGUUUUCUCAGAACGAGCGCUCAAAGAGGUCAAGACCGAAAUCUGCCACAAGUGUGGAGAUCCUUUCCAAGAAGACAACCUUGUGAUGCUGAAUGGGACUAAAGAGGAGGUGGAGAAGCUACAGAGGGCCAUGGAGGAGCGCCGAUCAAAGGCUAAAACGGCAAAAAAAUCAAAGAAGAGCAAAGAUACUAAAGUCUCCAAGGCGCAGGAUUCAACAGUAACGGCAGGAAGCUGUGACACCGCAGAGUCUAAACCGACAUCACUAAAUGGAGAAAGCAGCAGUGAUUCAGCUCCGGGACCGUCUACAUCCGGAGAGUGCUCUAAGACAUUAAAGGCCCCCCUAGGACCCGUUAUUGGCAGUAAGAGAUCGAUCCAGGACAUGAAGGACAAAUCUGAAACCUUCAAGUCACUCUUCACCUCCCACAGCUCGGCCAAACGUACCAAAGACCAGAUAUCCAACUGGGUCACACACACGCCUUACCACUUUUGAGUGUGUUCUUCCUAGUGAAGCUCGCUCUGUAGUGGUCUGGCUGUGGAGGAGCAAAAUGAAUGCAUUGUAUUAACCUCUUUCUUUUUCAACAUUGCAUUUUUAUUUACCUUUAUAAGAUUAUCUUAAUUUAGUUGCAUGCAUAAGAGUUCAGUAAACUCAUGUUGGCUUGA